AUGCAUUCCACUUCUGGUUGGUGUUACAUACUACUUAUGGCUUUCCACAUAGCACAAACAGAAGAUCAAUACCGUCGAUGCUAUGGACUCUGUUAUGAUGAUUCAAAUCUAGGUGAACCGAAAUGUCAACAAUAUUGUAAUUCUGUUUCCCAUCGACGCGAACUGUGUGACGAAGUUUGCAAGUCAAAUGAUGGUGGACCAUAUCCUAUUUGUUUGUAUAACUGUGAUUGGAAGAAUCGAGAUAAACGUCGUCAAGGAGAGGGUUUGCCAGGAUAUAACAAGUGUAAAGAAAGUUGUAAAAAUACACCGAAGGAUUGCGUUUAG